AUGGCAGCCUCAGAUCAGACCAAGGAAUCCCCUCGCGGCUUUGCUAUCGCGUUCGUACUAGCUCGAGACCACAACCUGGUACACUACUCCGUCGGCGACAGUCUGCGGAGCUGGAUGCGUGAAAACGUCAACGCACCACUCGCAGUGACUAUCCAGGACAAACUCGACAAUCAAGGGUUCCUAACUUCUGAAGAGUUGAACCCUUUCAUUGCGCGCGCGAUCGAAGGUGCCUUGUCUCAGCAGCUACCUAAGGCCGGCAUCCUGGUGGAUGGAUUCCCACGAAGCACCGAGCAACUAGAAUCAUGGAACGUCUGGCCAUUUCCCAAAGAUCUGCCAAUCGCAAGCGGAAGUAACACCAAUGCAAAACCAGACAUCGUAUUGUCGUUACGCGUCAGCAAACAAAAUGCCAAAGCCAGAUACUCGGCUCGAGCCCGGGAUAGCAACGAUAGCAAUGAGAAAUUUGAGCGGCGCUUCUCUGAAUACGAGGAAGAAACUUUGCCCGUAGAGGAAGUUUAUCGUGAGCGCGGCAUUUUGAUCGAUGUGAGUAUGUAA